AAACGCAACACAACAACAUUACACAACAUUACACAACAAGAAUACAAAGUAACAAAUUUUUAAGGUAAAGAUGUCGUGGCAAACUUACGUUGAUGAUCAUUUGAUGUGUGAAAUUGAGAGCACCGGACACCAUCUCACCGCCGCUGCUAUCAUUGGCCAUGAUGGUUCUGUUUGGGCUCAGAGCUCUGCCUUCCCUCAGAUUAAGCCUCAAGAGAACACUGAUAUCAUGAAAGAUUUUGAUGAACCUGGACAUCUUGCUCCUACAGGCAUGCACCUUGCAGGAAUCAAGUACAUGGUGAUCCAGGGAGAGCCGGGAGCUGUCAUCCGCGGAAAGAAGGGUUCUGGAGGGAUCACCAUAAAGAAAACUGGCCAAGCUCUUGUUUUUGGUCUUUAUGAGGAACCUGUAACUCCUGGACAGUGCAACAUGGUUGUUGAGAGGUUGGGAGAUUACCUCAUUGAUCAGGGACUGUAGACACAGAUCCUAAGAUGAUUUCAACAUCAAUUUAUUAAUUUCAUAUUAUUCUUUGUUUUUUUUUUGUUUUGUUUUUUUCCUUUUCCAUUUUUAUAUCUUCUGUUGUAUUAACCACAUUGCAACCCUUAUUUGGGAGUUGUUGCAGAUAAUAACAAUUUGAGAC